AUGGCUCAUGUGGUACCGAUAGUAGACAGUGGGGGGCAAGUCGAUGCCGCUUACUUCGAUUUUCAAAAAGCGUUUGAUCUGGUGGACAACGACGUGCUUUUAACAAAGUUAGCGGCCGUUGGUUUUACACCACAUUUACUAACUUUUUUUGCCAGCUACAUGAGAGAUAGGCAGCAAUAUGUUGAUUAUGCGGGGCGUACAUCACAACCUUAUUUUACAAGAUCUGGAGUUAGUCAGGGCAGUAAUCUUGGACCUUUAGCUUUUAUACUAAUGAUUAAUGACUUACCAAAGAUAGUUAUAAAGGCAAAAUGUCUACUGUUUGCUGACGAUCUUAAACUGUCCCUAGCUAUUACCGACGAACAGGACUGUGAAGUGCUUCAGGAGGAUAUCGACAGAGUAGUGAACUGGAGUAAGCAGAACCUUUUAAAAUUCAAUGUGUCGAAGUGUCAGACUAUUAGUUUCUCUCGGUCGCGCAAACCUGUCCUCUGUGAUUAUAAGGUGGACGGAACACCGAUGCCUAGAGUCACAGAGGUCAGGGACUUAGGGGUUCGCCUUAACUCGGGGCGUACACAGGCGUUCUCCUGUCGGUACUAUACCGACAGGAGAACGCCUGUGUACGCCUGCUUCCUGGACCUGUCAAAAGCAUUUGACAUGGUGCCAUACAAUGUGCUGUGGAGAAAAAUGAGGCUUAACACCAAGCUACCUAUGGAGGUUAUAAGUUUGUUUAGAUAUUGGUAUGACAACCAAAGCAAUUAUGUGAGAUGGAUGGGAGAAUGCUCGGAUGAGUAUAGGAUGGAAUGUGGAGUAAGGCAGGGGGGAUUGACCUCUCCUACUCUAUUUAAUUUAUAUGUGAAUGAACUCAUUGAGGAGCUCAGCAGUGCUAAUGUCGGAUGUUCAGUGGAUGGUGUAUUUAUAAAUAAUAUUAGCUAUGCUGAUGAUAUGGUACUGCUGGGCCCCUCAGUCAGUUCCGUGAGGUCACUCUUGACCAUAUGUGAGCGGUAUGCAUUGGCCCAUGGGCUCAAGUAUAAUGUCCAGAAGAGUGAGUUGCUAGUUUUUAAGGCUGGAGCUAAAACCUACUCCGUUCCUCCGAUCACACUUAAUGGAACUGUCCUCAAGCAAGUGUCCAAUUUUAAGUACUUGGGUCAUUGGAUCAAUGAAAACCUAGCCGAUGAUAUGGACAUGGAAAGGGAGCGCAGGGCAUUGUCGGUAAGGGGUAACAUGCUUUCUCGCAGGUUUGCACGAUGCUCGCGUGACGUUAAAGUCACAUUAUUUAAAAGCUACUGCCAAACGUUAUACACGUGCAGCCUGUGGAGCAGUUACACUAAAAAAGCCUACAAUGCUCUGCGCGUCCAAUAUAAUAACGCGUUCAGGGGUAUGUUGGGGCUCCCUUGGAGGUGCAGUGCCUCCGGUAUGUUUGCGGAGCAUAGCACGGACGGCUUCCAGGCGGUACUUCGUAAGAGAAUGGCCUCCCUGUGGUUUCGGGUAAAGGGGAGCAGCAACACGCUUCUGAGUGUGUUGUCGGACAGAGUUGACGGCCAGAUGCUCAGGCACUGGUCGUCGAUGCAUGUUCAUAAUAAUAAUCACUUUAAAUUUUACUAACAUAGAAUUUAAGUUUCUCAUUUUACUAACAUAAUAUGGACUGUGUACUGUUGUGUGUGCUUAGUCUGAAA